UCAUUUCUUUCAAAUUUGUCUCAGACAUUUUAGAACAGUGAAACUGAAUUCAAUAAUGUCUCUUUCCUUGAUUACUGCUGGCUCAAUUCUAAUCUGCCCCGAUCUUCGUCUCCGUCAAUCUCCCUCGUCUUUGACAAUCUCUUCAUCGCGAUCGCUUUCUCUCUCUUCUAGUAGUCACCGCGAGAUAUCAUCACGUCUGAUCAAAGUCACCGCCAUGGAGACGACGGCGGAGACAAUUUCCGGUGGUGUUCCCAACAACACGAUGAAGCUACUGUUCGUCGAGAUGGGUGUGGGUUACGAUCAGCACGGGCAGGACGUGACAUCUGCGGCGAUGAAGGCUUGUAAGAAUGCAAUUUCUUCCAAUUCGAUUCCUGCUUUUAGAAGAGGUUCGAUUCCUGGAGUUUCAUUUGGAGAAAUGAAGUUACAGAUCAAGCUUGGAGUGCCUCGUUGUCUUCACCACCAACUGGAUCUCGACAAGGUCAAGUCUAUCUUCCCCUAUGGGAAGAUUGUAAACGUGGAGGUGGUGGAUGGAGGACUGAUCUGCUCGAGUGGCGUUCUAGUUGAAGAAAUGGGUGAUAAAAACGAGGACUGCUACAUUGUGAACGUCGCCGUUUACGUUGGCUACUAGUGUCUCUUGUUCUUUGGGUAAUUGACGCCCAAGUUAAGAAAUGAGAAGAAGAAGAAGAAGAAGACAACAUUAUAGUCACUUUUAGUUGUAUGUUUUGGUUACAGAACAAAGCUUUCUGUUUGUAGACUAUGCAGCAAUAACUCAAUGUUUAGUUUAAGGGAAAAUUUGCUUCUAUGCCAUAGAUUGAGUCCUUAAUUAAAACAUUGUAGUCACUUUUAGUUGUAUGUUUUGUUUACACAACAAAGCUUUUUGUUUGUAGACUA